AUGGAAAACAAACAUCUUUGUAUUGCCUGCAAAGAUUUGCCACCACCUCCUAGUGAAAGAGAAAAGUGUUUAUGUAUGCACUGUAGGCAAGAAUACCAUUUAAAAUGUUUGAAUAUGGAUAAGACUGCUUUCUUUAAAUUAGACGGUCAAACUAAAUCUAAAUGGAAAUGCCCAACUUGCUUUAAUGUAACAAAUCGACGCAAGGGAGAUAUUUCGAAUACACCAGUUAGAAAAUCAGUGCCAUUUAAUGAUUCAAUAAUGUCCUGCGACGACUCUCUUUCUGUUGAACACUCGGAAACUUCACUAGAUCCUAAACCAUCAACUUCUAUGUGCCCUUUUCUAGGACAAGAAGUUACAUUAGAGAGUAUAGCCAGACUUCUAGAUAUGAAACUCGAUGUUAAAUUAGAUGAAAAAUUUGAAUCACUCAAAAAAUCAUUCUAUGUUAAUAUGAAAUCAUUAAUCAAAACGGAGAUUGUUACAGCCAUUGAUCAAGUCAAAAUUGAAUUUACCGAAACUACAGACUUUCUACAUCAGGGGCAAAAAGAACUCAAGUCAAAUAUUGAAUCUGCUGAAAUAAAAGUCAAGGCACUAGAAAGAACAAAUGCCGAUCUAACAAACAAAAUGAGUAUACUGCAUCGUCGUUUGGAAUCCAUGGAAAAAAUUUCCCGCAGUCACAACGUGGAGAUUCAAGCAGUCCCCGAAAAACGGAAUGAAAAUAUUUUGACGAUUGUCAAAAAUAUUUACUCUACAGUAAAACUACCAACGACAGACGCUGAAAUUAGUAUGUGUCGAAGGGUUGCUAAAUUGCCGACCACAUCAGCCCAACGCCCGCGUAAUAUUUUGCUUUCGCUGCCUUCCAUUCGCCAUCGUGAUAAUCUUCUGUCGGCGGUCAAACGUUAUAAUAAGGCUAACCCUGGCAACACAUUAAGCUCUGUACAUUUAGGAAUUCAAGGGGACAUAUGCCCAAUUUAUGUUUCCGAACAUCUCUCUCCAGAAACCAAGGAGCUUUUUGCUUUGACACGGGCUACUGCUCGUGGAAAAUAUAAAUACGUGUGGGUCAAAUUCGGGAAUAUAUAUGUGAGAAAAGAUGAUAAUUCUUCAGCAGUACAUAUAAAAAACAAAGAUUGCUUGGCUAAAAUUAGUUAA